AUAUUUUGAUCCAACCCAUCCAAUCACAGUCCCGCGAAAUAAAGAGAAGAAGUGAUGUCUUACAAGUCUCUGGACGCCAUCUCCUCCGCCGACAUCGCAGCCCUCGGACUACCUUCCGAAGUUGCAGACCAAUUUCACCAGAGUCUCUCCGAAAUCGUCCGGAAUUACGGCCCUGCCACUCCGGAGACAUGGCGACAGAUCUCCAAACAACUCCUUACGCCGGAAUUACCGUUCUCUCUUCAUCGGAUGAUGUACUACGGCUGCUACCGAGAGUUCGGACCCGACCCUCCCGCCUGGAUACCCGACCCGGAAAGAAUGGCCUCAACCAAUGUUGGGAAGCUGUUAGAGAGACGCGGGAAAGAGUUCCUGGGUCCAAGAUAUAAGGAUCCCAUAUCAAGCUUCCUUGAAUUUCAGGAAUUUUCAGUCUCAAACCCUGAGGCUUAUUGGAGAUCCAUAUUGGACGAAAUGAGUGUGUCAUUUUCGGUGCCUCCACAAUCUAUUUUACGGGAGGACUCAUCGCAUCCCGGAGGUCAAUGGCUACCUCGUGCACAUCUGAAUCCAGCAAGGAAUUGCUUGAGUUUGAAUGGAAAUAGGACUUUGGAUGAUGUAAUGAUUGUAUGGCGUGAUGAAGGAGAAGAUAAAUUGCCUCUUAAGAAGAUGACUCUUGAUGAACUGCGCACAGAGGUUUGGUUAGUUGCAUAUGCGCUUGAAUCAAUUGGAUUGGACAAAGGAUCUGCAAUUGCCAUAGAUAUGCCAAUGGAUGUGAAUUCUGUGGUGAUCUACCUUGCUAUUGUUCUGGCAGGCUAUGUAGUAGUAUCCAUUGCUGAUAGCUUUGCUCCUAAUGAAAUUGCUGCCAGGCUCAGAAUAUCAAAGGCAAAAGCAAUCUUUACCCAGGAUUUCAUUGUUCGUGGUGACAAAAGCAUACCCUUGUACAGUAGAGUUAUUGAUGCACAGCCACCCGUUGCUAUUGUUAUUCCAAGUAGGAGCUCCAGCUUUGACACAAAAUUGCGUGAUGGUGACAUUUCUUGGCAUGAUUUUCUAGCAAAAGUCAAACAUUUCAGACAUGUUGAAUUUGUUGCAGUUGAACAGCCUGUCGAUGCAUUCACAAAUAUCCUUUUCUCUUCGGGAACUACAGGGGAACCAAAGGCUAUACCGUGGACCCUUGCAACACCUUUGAAAGCUGCUGCAGAUGGUUGGUGCCACAUGGAUAUCCGCAAAGGUGAUAUUGUUGCUUGGCCAACUAAUCUGGGAUGGAUGAUGGGUCCUUGGUUAGUUUAUGCCUCACUCUUGAAUGGGGCAUCCAUGGCUUUAUAUAAUGGCUCUCCCCUUGGUUCUGGCUUCGCAAAAUUUGUACAGGAUGCUAAAAUAACAAUGCUUGGUGUUAUUCCAAGCCUUGUAAGGACAUGGAAAACUGCAAAUUGUACGGAUAGCUAUGAUUGGUCUGCAAUCCGUUGCUUUGGUUCCACUGGAGAGGCAUCUAAUGUCGACGAAUACCUAUGGCUCAUGGGGAGGGCUCAAUACAAGCCCAUCAUGGAGUACUGUGGUGGCACAGAGAUUGGUGGUGGAUUUGUGUCUGGGUCAUUUUUACAACCUCAAUCUUUGGCUGCUUUUAGCACACCAGCUAUGGGAUGUAGUCUGUUUUUGAUUGGGAAUGACGGAAUUCCUCUUCCACCAAAUGUUCCAGGACUUGGUGAAUUGGCGCUUGGUCCCCUGAUGUUUGGGGCUUCAAAUACAUUGCUAAAUGCUGAUCACUAUGAUGUCUACUUUAAAGGAAUGCCUGUUUGGAAUGGAAAGGUUCUAAGACGGCAUGGGGAUGUGUUUGAGCUUACUACUAGAGGAUAUUAUCAUGCACAUGGUCGGGCAGACGAUACAAUGAAUCUUGGAGGAAUCAAGGUAAGCUCAGUUGAGCUUGAACGCAUUUGUAAUGCAGUCGACAGCAAUAUUCUUGAGACAGCAGCAGUUGGGGUGCCACCUACGGGAGGUGGGCCUGAGAGGUUGGUCAUUGCUGUCGUUUUCAAGGAUUCCAGAGACUCCGCCCCAGAUUUAAAUAAGUUGAGAACGUCAUUUAAUUCUGCAUUGCAGAAGAAACUGAAUCCUUUCUUCAAGGUAUCACAUAUCGUGCCCAUCUCGUCUCUACCUCGGACAGCUACAAACAAGGUUAUGAGAAGGGUUUUGCGGCAACAGAUUUCGUUGAUCGGUAAUGAGUCCUCUGGCGGACGUCGAGUGGAAUACAAUGAUGGGAUUUGGGCGGCCAACCACUAUUUCUUGCGAUCUAUAGAUGAAGAUGAUAACGUCGGCGGUGACAACAACGAAUGAUGGUGGUGUAUCACACCGUUCAAAGAAUCAUACUGUUCAUUUUACAAACAAAAACUCAAUAUUUUAUACACCCAUCGAUCUCCGAUCAAGCUUAUUCUUUUCAACCCAGUGUGAAAAGAAUUUUAUCUCAAUGUUGUGUUCAU